AUGUCAUCGUCAAACCUUCCCUGGUGGAAGACCGCCACGUUUUAUCAAGUUUACCCUGCCUCAUACAAAGACUCCAAUGGAGAUGGCUACGGAGAUAUACCAGGGAUGGUCACCACCUUGGACUAUCUUAAGGAACUUGGUGUUGAUGCUGUCUGGCUUUCACCGAUGUUUGACUCACCACAAGUAGAUAUGGGCUAUGAUAUCUCGGAUUAUACCACGGUGUAUCCCAAGUUCGGCACCGUUGCCGACAUGGAUAAACUGAUAGAGGAGAUGCACUCACGUAAUAUGAAGCUCAUUCUUGAUCUUGUUAUCAACCAUACCAGCGACCAGCACAUCUGGUUCAAGGAGUCUCGAAGCAGCAGAAACAACGAGAAAGCCAGUUGGUACAUUUGGAGGAAGCCCACUUAUGUCAAUGGUGAAAGACGGCCACCGAACAAUUGGCGCUCCAUAUUCGGCGGCAGUGCCUGGGAAUAUGAGCCAGCAAGGGAGGAAUACUAUCUUCACCUCUUCUGCCCGGAGCAGCCAGACCUGAAUUGGGAGAACCCUGUCGCUAGGCAGGCAAUUUACAAGGAUGCUAUAGAGUUCUGGCUAGAGAGGGGAGUUGACGGGUUUCGAGUUGAUGCUGUGAACAUGUACUCAAAGGAUCCGAAAUAUCCCGAUGCGGUUAUCCAGGACGCAGGCGCAGAGUUUCAAAGAGCAGAGAAGCAUUACGUCAAUGGCCCCGGCAUGCAUAGAUGGCUAAAGGAGAUGCGCAAAGAGUCGAUUAACAAAUACGGAGAGGUGAUGCUGGUGGGAGAGUUGCCGCAUACGGAUUCGAGAGAAGUGAUUCUAAGAUACAUCUCUGCCGCGGAACAGGAACUGUCCAUUGUCUUUGAUUUCGCCGCAGUGGAUCUUGGGAAGCGCGCAACGGCGAAACACCAAUGGUUCAAGCCCAGCCUACCGGACUUCAAGCAGACCUUUGUCAAAGCGCAGGAUCUGCUGGUCGACACGGAUGCAUGGACUACCGUUUUCUUAGAGAACCACGACCAACAGCGGAGCAUCAACAGAUUCACCACGGAUGACCCUAGAUAUCGAGUCAAAGCAGGAAAAAUCCUCGCAAUGUUGCUUGCCACACUCUCCGGAACAUUGUUUCUAUAUCAAGGACAGGAAAUCGGCAUGGUCAAUGUGCCAGAGACCUGGGGCCCGGAGGAGUACAAAGACAUUAAAUCGAUAAAUUAUUGGAAUGAGAUGAACAGAAAAUAUCCCAACGAUGAAAAAAUGCUCGGCAAAGCUCUUAGGGCUCUCAGAAAUGGGGGCCGAGAUAAUGCGAGAAUCGCCAUGCAGUGGAAUGCUUCGAAACAUGCUGGCUUCACCUCUGGAACUCCGUGGAUGCGAGCACAUGACAAUUACCCCGAGGUCAACGUGGAGGCCGCACAAAGGGACCCAGACAGCAUCUACCACUUUUGGCAGAAUGUGCUCAAGUUGCGGAAAGAGCAUUCUGACGUCUUCAUCGAAGGUGGCUAUGAGAUGUAUGAUUUGGAUAAUCCCGAUACCUUCACAUUUACCAAGACGGUCAAUGGAGAGCCGCGCGCCUUGGUCGUUUUGAACUUUUCAUAUAAAGAACAGAAAGAUCCGGUUCCGCAGAGCUUGAAGAAUACGAAGUUGGAUUUGCUUAUCACGAAUGGUGAGGGCAGAAGUCGGUCGCUUGGUGCUUGGGAAGGGGCUGUGUAUACUAUAUCAAGUGAGCAUUUGCGUUCAAAAGAGUAA